UACUCUUCGGCCAACUGUUGCGGCGUUUCGUAUGUUUUGCUUCAAAUGAGAUUCGAUGGACUCAUUGGGUUCGCCGGCGGAGAAGUGGAUGUCCACGACGUGACCGUCGAUGAUAUCAUUGAAGCCACUAAUCGGGAACUCAACGAAGAGAUCGCUUACGACUUGAGUGGCGUCACCGCCGAGGAAUGGAUUUGUUCCCAUCGAGACGUCGGCUCUUCAUUCAUACAACAUUUCUUCGCCAAAGAACUGACUUUCGAUGAGUUGAGACAAUUAGAGACCACUCACAUGACUGCCCAACACUUCCCAUCCGAGUCUUUAGGUGUAUUUCGUGUCCCAAUCGGAGGCUUUGAUCAAAAGGAGACCUCAAAAAAGUUUUUGCGAAACUUUUUGCGCCAAAAAUUUGCCGGAAAUGCGAGACAACAGUUCAUCGAAACCAUUAAGAAGUUAUCACUCAUUAGCAGUGAAGACCAAAAGUGGAUUGAAUCCAAUGAAUGCCACGACAUUGACGACAAUUUACUCAAUGGACACGACGUGUCCGUAGAAGUGAAGGCACUGUUGCGGACGGAACUACCCGUUCAUUAUUACGACGAGAGCGUAGACGUGAUCUACGGUCUGAUGGUUAUCAGAGAUAACGGACUCUUUGACUUUAUUGGCACUCAAUUCGUUGAAUCUAAUGAUCAAAAUUUAAUGAUUGAUGCCUUAAAUAAUAAACUAGAAAAGGAUUUGGGAAGCGAUUGGUCAGCAAUUGAUUGGAAAUGCGGUGCCAUUCCGUUAUCAUUGGACAACGACUCGAGUAAUGUAUUUUGCAUUGACUUAACCGCCGAUCAAUUCACACAAAUUGAAGAGCACUUCACUAAAUCCAAGAGUUUUGGCGUUAAAUCGUAUGGUCUGAUCCGCAUUCCCUUCUUAUUCCGGGGCUCAACACAAAAGUCGGACUCUUAUGUGAACCGAUUCUUUAAUGGCUGUCAAUUGCAAUGCAGAGACGAGACGGGGAAAGAAGUUGACUGGUAUGUGGUCUAUAAGUUGCCGCGAAUAACGGGCGCUAAACCUCCUCUGGAGACGGGCGCUAAUUAUGCUUAUAUGACGAGUGAAUCCAAGUCCGGAUGGAUUCUUUCUGAUCGCAAUAUUACCGAUGAAAAGUCCAUAUUUGGUCAAACAUUGGCACCACUUUAUGUCAAAACCAUAGACCCGUCAAUAAGUUAUUUAAAUUAUAACGAUCAGCCGCCCAACGAUACUGCAACUCACGGCGCCGCUCACGCUAAAGGGGUCGUCGCCGCUAAUGGCAAACAAGGCUUUUGGCUCAUCCAUUCAGUGCCACACUUCGCCCCAAUUGAGACUGACCAUCAGUAUGUAUACCCCUCGACGGGCACGAUGUACGGACAGACGGCUCUUUGCAUAUCAAUCGAUAUCAAUCAAAUUGACAAAGUGUUCACACAAUUACUUUAUAUGCAAUCAUACGUUUACCAAAUGAAUAUUACUCCAGAAUUGGCUAAACAGUCCACAAAAAUUGAUGCCCUGAAGAGAAAAGAGUGGGAUUCUGGCAAAAAGAGUGUCGUGAGUAUAACGAGUUCCGGUGGCAUCGCUUUCACCAGUUUUAGCAAAAGUCCCGCAGAUCUCGUCGAUCUGUACUCCGGUAUCGUUGCGUCCGAACUCGACAUUAAUCUCUACGUCGAGACGUGGCGUAAGGGAGCGGGAAGUCCACUGCCCUCCGAGUGUGACCUGAAAGACACGGUCGAGAAUGUGCACGAAAUUAGCCUCUCUUUCAAUAACUCCAAACUGACGGGUGUUUUCGACUAUCUUCACGAUCACAGCAAAUGGGCGAUCAGUAAGACAUCGACCGCACCGUACGUCUGCUUCGGAGACAUUAACCGAAUGAAGUCUCAGUUCAAGAGAGGCGGCGCUACCACUUGUUUCAAGAACCCU